UUAUUAUUAUUUUUAGUGUCUUGAGCGUUCCACGUUUGUCGCUGUUAAGUAGAAAUAGGCCAAUAGAGUAAACAAAUAAUAAGUAAUUAAUUAAAAUUACCAAAAGAGAAGUUCCUUUCUUUUUAAUUCUUAACUCAUAUAUUUGACGAAUUCCUUAUUAAUUCUCAUUCAGUUCAUCGUGAAGUUUCGCGUAUCAUUAGUAAAACAGUUACUUUUAUUUUCAUAUAUAAGGAAAGUUUUCAAUACUUGGCAUCCUAUUUUAACUUCUUAUUAUUAAACAGUUAAUUUUUUCUUGUAUUUACAAAUACUUGUAUUAUAAUGGGGAGGAAAUGGUUUGAGAGAUGGGUUAUGGUAGAAGCAGUUGUUGAAGUGAUUAGUAUAAUUAUUAUGAUGAGUUGGUGUGUGGAAGGGGUUGGAGUGAAUUGGGGAACACAAGCUACACAGCAAUUGAGAGCAGACACAGUGGUGCAGAUGAUGAAGGACAAUGGAAUAGAGAAAGUGAAACUGUUUGAUGCAGAUGGAAGAAUCAUGAGUGCACUUGCUGGGUCUGGGAUUGAAGUUAUGGUUGCCAUUCCCAAUGACCAGCUUGCUGCCAUGACUAGCUAUGAUCGAGCUGUUCAGUGGGUCAGAAAGAAUGUUACCAGUUACAACUUCAAGGGUGGAGUUAACAUCAAAUAUGUAGCAGUUGGGAACGAACCAUUCUUGAAAUCAUACAACAAUUCAUUCUUGAAUGUGACCAUGCCUGCCCUACAAAAUUUUAGGCCUGACAUAUCAGAUCUCAUGACACAAAUAGUGCAAUUCUUGCACAACAACAAUGCACCAUUCACCGUUAACAUCUACCCAUUCUUGAGUCUCUAUGGCAAUGAUGAUUUCCCUUUUGACUAUGCCUUCUUUGAUGGGGUAUCCAACCCCAUAAACGACAAUGGGGUUCUUUACACCAAUGUCUUUGAUGCAAAUUUUGACACUUUGGUUUCUGCUCUCAAAGGGGUUGGGUAUGGUGACAUGGCAAUCUUGGUUGGAGAAGUAGGGUGGCCCACAGAUGGAGACAAGAAUGCCAACGUGGCCAAUGCUGUAAGGUUCUAUAAUGGACUUCUUCCAAGGAUUUCAUCAAGUAAAGGUACACCUCUAAGACCAGGGCACCUUCAAGUUUAUCUCUUUGGCCUUAUUGAUGAGGAUGCUAAGAGCAUUGCUCCUGGCAACUUUGAGCGUCAUUGGGGAAUAUUCCGGUAUGAUGGACAACCUAAGUUCCCAAUGGAUCUUUCUGGUCAAGGUCAAAACAAAAUAUUAGUGGGUGCUAAGAAUGUGAUUUACUUGGACCCAAAAUGGUGCAUGUUCAAUCCAGAUGCCACGGAUCUUAGCAAACUAGCUGAUAAUAUAAACUAUGCUUGCACAUUUGCGGAUUGCACUGCAUUAGGAUAUGGUUCUUCAUGCAACAAUCUUGAUGCUAAUGGGAAUGCCUCAUAUGCAUUUAAUAUGUACUACCAAGCGCAAAAUCAGAAUGACAUGGCUUGCAAUUUUGAAGGCUUAGCCCAAAUUACUAUGAAGAAUAUUUCUACUCCCACUUGCGACUUUAUUAUUCAGAUAAACCCUUCAUCAUCUUCUUCUUUGACACCCUCAUCAGCAGUAGCUUUCUUAUUUAUUGCAUUAGCCAUGAUUCUAUUUUUUUAGGCAUAUAUUGUUAACAAGAGAUGCAGAUUUGUUCUCUUAAUAAAGAAUUUUGUAGAUCUGAUAAGUUUUAUGCCUUUGAUGGCUUUCAAAAGUCAGAAAUUUCCCCUACAUUUGACUUCUGAGUUCGUGAACUAUUUUAAUUUCACUCCUCACAUGUGAACUGCUUU